AUGUCCAUUUUCGAUAUAUUCAAAAGAAAAAAAAAGGAAAAAGAUAAUGUUAUUCCCAUAUCAACAUCAUAUUCAUCCGCUACAACAAAUACUGCCUCUCCAAAUACAACUUCUGAAAAUUUACCUCCAAGUAAACGUCGUUCAUCUAAUAAAUCAUCUAAUAAUGAUAAACGUAUUGAUCAAUCAAAACUUGUAUUUCAUUGUCAAUUAGCACAUGGAAGUCCAACUGGCCUUAUGUCAGGUUUUGGUAAUUUAAAAGAAUUAUAUCAGAAAAUAGCCGAUUGUUUUGAAAUACCAGCAUCAACGAUUUUAUAUUGUACAUUAAAUACGCAUAAAGUUGAUAUGGAUAAAUUAUUAAGUGGACAAAUUAAUUUAGAUGAUUUUAUAUUUGCACAUGUUAAAGGACAAGCUAAGGAAAUAGAAGUUAUUAAAUCAGAACCAUCUCUUGGAUUGACUAUUGCAGAUAAUGGAGCAGGUUGUGCGUUUGUUAAACGAAUUGUUGAAGGAAGUACUAUGCAUCGACUUAAAAAUCUUGUUAAAAUUGGUGAUCAUAUAGAAAAAAUAAACGAUAAAUCAAUUGUUGGUGUACGACAUUUUGAAGUAGCGAAUGUAUUAAAAAAUAUUCCUGUUGGCUCAAAAAUUAAAAUACGACUCAUCGAACCAAAUUCAUUUGGAUUUCACGUUGAACCAGCUAAUCGUGGUCGUAAAUCAGGUGAUGUUAAAAGUGGUACAAAAACUCUUCGUUUUAAAGCUAAUGGUCAAGCAAGUAUUGAAGAUGUUGAUGAUACAAUGACUAAAGCUAUUGAUCGUAUCAAUGGUCUUCUUGAAAAAUUUAUGGGCAUCAAUGAUUCAGAUCUUGCACAACAAAUUUGGGAUCUUGCACAAAAUAAAAAGAAUCCAAGUGAAUUUGCGACAGCAAUUGAUAAUUCAGAAAUUGGUACAUUUAAUUUUUCGGAUGAAUUUAUUUUUGAUUUAUGGGCUACAAUUGAUGAUAUUAAGCAAGGACGAAUAAAGGAAGAAAAAAUAAAAGAGGAAGAAGAAGAAGAAAAAGAAGAAGAAGAAGAAGACGAUUUUCAAAAUGAACGAUUAUAA